CAACAGUCGGCUACGCUCACUUGUUCCGAGGCUUUGACGGGCCACCUUCUUUUCUACAGCCUGUGCUACUUUUGCUACUGUUCAACCACUACACCAUACUAAACUCUGUGCGCGUUGUGCUCGGCUCGUUUGUGCGCGCGUGCUCUAUCUCCUCUCUCGUCUAUCCGUCUUGUCUGUCCGCUACGUUUUCGAAAUUUCCGUCUUUUCUCAACUACCGGAAAGCCUUCAACUUCUCAACAACAGCAACAACGUAGAACAACAAAACGAUCACCAGUUACGACGACAACACACUUGUGUACAACAACAAUACUCGGUGAGCACAAGAACGCCGCAAGUCAGAUGAGGAUAACCGUCCGGUGGCUAGGAGGCGACCGUCAAGUGACUUCUACCCAUCCACACCAACAUCCUCGGCCGCCACCUCAUCAGCACCACGCCAGGAGGUUAGCAACGCUUCCUCUUCCUCAAUACUCCACGCUGACAACAGCUAACCGCAGCUUGCACUCGUCAGAACAGGUGAUUAAUGAAAUAUACAUGCACACAGCAACAGGUAGUUUGACUCUACGCACUCUGUUGUUUGCUGUGUAAGAAGGUGCUGUUUUGCUCUCUCAACUAUUAAUUACCAUACUCUAGAACUACUUAAACGUCUACUACCAACUUUUCUAUUAAAACUUGUGAACUUUUCAAUCAGGGAAGUUCGUUAUAUCUACCAACAAUUGUGAACGAUCUCUGAAUCUAUAUCUCACUGAUCUAUCUCUGUAUUGUACUUAUCUUGUGAAAAACUGUUCUCGAACUUUUUUCUCUUGACUAGCUGUAGAACUAACUCUACUAACUUUGAACUUCUGCUUGUGAAAGCUCUAUGCGAAACUGAAACGCCAAUACUAAACUAAUCAACGACCAAAGUUUUAUUAAUAGGGUACUAUUUGUAAAAUAUUAGUGAUAAUAAUUAUUGAACGCAUAUAUUCUGUAGUUUGAAAUUAGAUAGUGGGAUAGUGCUACUGCCGCUGAAUUUUGAAUACAUAUUAUAUACGUCUUAAUAGGAGAUUCAACAGAACGGGUGCUGUGUAUGUUUUUUGUUGUAUGCUGUGGACUACGUAUUUUCCAACGAUUCUAAACAAUAUUUGAUAAACUAACAUCAGCAACAUCUUUUGCACGGGACUAUUCUACGUGUUGUGAAUAUAUUACGUUUUGACAUAUAGUUCAACUUGAAUAUCAAAACUAUAGUCUAAUCAAACCUUAGCAACAUUAGUAAUAGUAAACAGAUAUUUUGAGAAUAACUAUACUUUAGAAGCUGCUUUUCUUGAAACACAUCAACAUAAACUAGAAAAAAAUUAGUUGUCUUGAGUAUCAGCUUCAAUUAUUGAUAAAUAGAAUAGGCUUGAAAAAGUAAUCGCUGCUCACUAUGUGUGAUAAAAAUGAAAAAUGAAUAAGCAAUAAAGUUAAGAAGAUUAAUUGAUCCGAUUGUGGAAGUUUUAUCAGUUUAUAAAUCUUUUUCAUAGCUUCCAAUUCUUAUCUUUUCAAUAAUUCAACUCUAAGUUGACGUUCGAUUUAUGAAAUAAAAUAGAAAGAUUGAGUGAAUGAAUGAUCAUUAUCGGACAGAUAAAAGGAAUAUUUGUCAGAGAGAUAAUAAACUAAGACUUUGAAUGAAAAACGAAAACCAGUCUGACAAAUUCCAAACACGCUGUUUUUGUAGCUGUGUAUAUUCGUAGACGUCGUGAUAAAAACGUAACCAAGUUUCACCAAAUUUGAGCUUUAAAUAGAACAAUAUUUUUUAAUAAGUUUAUCAGGAACAUUUUGUAUUUUUCAUAAAGCUACUUUGAAUUAUUACGAUCUAAAGGUGUGCUCGAUUAUGAAUGGUAUGGGCUGCUAAUGAAAUGCUUGGAAUUAGCGCGUUGUGAGAUCAGCUGAUCCGGAAAUAAUAUUGAACUGCUAUUGUUGAUUCAACCGAUCUUGUCAUGGAGAUUCACACGUGGUCUCCUAGUGUUACAGCUUAGUACUUCAAUUCGUCGUAAUUUGCCAAGAUUAAUUAUAUUCGCGAGUGCGUGUGAGUGAAAGUGCACAUACAACCAUGCCGCGCUGUUACAUGGUAAAAAAACAAAGCAACAAGUACCCUAGGAACAAUGACAGUUGGGGUCGCAAUUCACCAGAAGCUGUUGUUCUAGACAGCCCUAAGACGAAGACUGAACCGGCUUCUCAUUACUAUGAAGAAAAUGAUGGCUAUCUGCAGGAGUACAUUCCGCAGAGCAUCGAGGAGGAGGAGGUGGUGAGGGGGCCGGGGGAAGUGGAGGUGGUGGCGGGUGAGGAGGAAGUGCUGACUUCGCACGAUGGCGGAAUUCCCAUCUUUCGGAUGCGCAGCGCUGAGGAGACUGAAGCCGCUCACGACCUCCUCGAACUGUCCCGUUCGCUGCCACCCCUCCCCGCUCCAAGCAACCCUGUCCAGGUGCUUCGGCCAACGUUCAUCUGUUCUCCGGAGCCAGUUCCCGUCUACCAGAUUUACCAGCCGAUGCCUCCCCUCACACCCCCUGCCAGCGAAUACUCUUCCGAUGCCGAGAACAACAACCCCAAUCCACAAACCUCCGAAGCCGACGCUGAAACUGCAAUCCAAAGCCACCACACACCGUCUUCGCCGCCGCCGGUCGUCUACACGUACGACGCCCUGUUGUCGGACGGCCGCUCGAAAGCGCGACGGACACCACAGGCGUCGGACACCACUGGACACCGCCGGACACCGGUGUCAGGAGUGGUGACCACCCCAAACAACUCGGCUCCACUCAGUCCGUCUUCGUCGUCGGAAGAUGGCGCCCUCCUCAACGAGCAGGAGGAGGUGAGGAGUGGCCGCUAUGUGUGCUCUGAGUGCGGCAAGCAGUACGCCACCUCCUCCAACCUCUCACGUCAUAAACAGACGCACCGCAGUUUGGACUCAGGCUCUGCCAAGAAGUGUACAACUUGUGGCAAAGCCUACGUGAGUAUGCCAGCGCUGGCCAUGCAUCUGCUGACGCACAAGCUGACGCACGCCUGCAAUGUCUGCGGCAAGCUGUUCUCGCGACCUUGGCUGCUGCAAGGACACCAGCGCUCUCACACUGGCGAAAAGCCCUACGGCUGUGCACACUGCGGCAAGGCUUUUGCUGACCGCAGCAAUCUGCGUGCGCACAUGCAAACGCACUCCACUGACAAGAACUUCGAGUGUGGUCGCUGUCACAAGACGUUCGCGCUCAAGUCCUACCUGAACAAACAUCUGGAGGCCGCCUGUCUGAAGGACGCCAGCGACGAUAUCGAGAUGGUGACGUUCUCCACUCUGGGCGAGUAGCAUCAGCAGAGGGGCUCGGUCAUCCGGUUCGCGGGUCACUCCGACGAAUAGGUGCCGAGCCUCCUCACACACUCACUCACUCUCUUAUUCACUAUGAACACUCAUCUACUUCUCACUUAGAAAACCGUUUAGGAAAGAGGCCUUAUAAGUAAGCUAUGCUGCUGCUGCUAUCAAUCUUCCUGGCCCCCCUUUACUGCUUCGGGUAAGGUCACCAAGUAUUGACUACAGUCACUUAUCAAUCCAAUAUUUUACAAAAUAUAUCAAUCCUAAUAUCCAAUGUUUUUUUUAGUUAUUCUAUAGUGAUUCAAAUAUCUAUAAUAUCACGAUAUCAUGGUGAAGAUUUCUAUCUCCACUACAUAGUGUCUAUUUCUAGAUAAAUCUCUAAUACAGAAGGAAUUGCACUUAAUCAAAUUGAGUUCUUAUAAUAUAAUUCCACCAUGAUUGAGAGUUUACUCUCAUUUCAAUGAAGAAUUCAAAAAUUAUUCUUAAACAACUUUUGGUUAGGUUUUCACUUUUAAAGUUUUGAAUAACGUACUGAUUAUUCACAAAGUAACUUUUUUGACAAAUUCAAGUAUCUACUUUCAUUUGACUGUUUCACAAAGUAACUUUUUUGACAAAUUCAAGUAUCUACUUUCAUUUGACUGUUUCGAAAGCUUGGUGAUCUAAUACUUUGCAUCUUUCCAUGGUGAGGUUCAUGCUUCGAACCUAUUCUGUAAACUCUCUUUCCUGCUACGAGACACUAUAAAAGGCUGUGCAACUGAGAGAAAUGUAACACCACUUGUUCAUUUGAAACGUUUGAAUAGAUUGAUAGUAUAAUUUUUGUAUAAAUUGUGUGUAUAUCUGAAGGACUGAAGGUGAUCGAACUUUGUAUAUUAUUACUAGUAGUAUUUUUAGAUUAAAAAACUGGCCAUUUAAGAAUUUGUGUAGAUUUAAAGAGUUUGCUUCAUAAUUAUUGACCAUACACAUUGCAAUUGAUCCUGGAGCAGGUAUUUGACCUUCGAAAUUUGAAUUUUCAUGCAACAAUAUCAAAAUCAGAUUGCUAUUCUGUCAAAACAUUUAAUGACAAUAAUGGUGAUCUCUGAAUAAUUGAACUCGAAGAUUGAGUUGGAGCUGCUAUGGAAAAACUAGACUUUUAGAUAAAAUUCCAGAAAAUUAUUCUUCGCCAUAAAUAUAAUAAAUGUUCAAUGUAACAAAAAUAGAAUAAUUCUGAGUAUAUUCUCAUCAUUCGAUCAGUUAUCAUUGUUAUAAUUGUAACGAACGUGAUAGGCCUGUAUGCUAUCAUUCUGGUAAUAAUAUUGAUGGGUGAUAUUUUGAUAAAUUCAUUUAUUGUUACUGGUUGUGACAUGAAGCAUCACACAUGAGAAUACUCUAUUAUAAGUAAUCGACCCUUUUCCGA